AUGGCAUACACGACAUCAUAUGACGGGUCAAACUCUGGGUUCCAAGUUGGACAGAACCUUGGUCAUAUCACUAAUCAGUUCUUACAAUCGGAAGCAUUGAAUCAAGCGUGCCUGCGGGAUCUGCGGACGACUGAUCCUCACCAUGACAAAGACCGUAUUCAGAACACCAACGGAGGGCUGCUCAAAGAUUCAUACUGCUGGGUUCUCGACAACGAGGGGUUUCAACAAUGGCGAGACAACCAGAGCAACUGUCUCCUCUGGAUCAGAGGUGAUCCGGGCAAAGGCAAGACAAUGCUGCUGUGCGGUAUCAUCGAUGAAUUAACACGAACAUUUGGGGACACUGCGAAUGUCUCGUUCUUUUUUUGCCAAGCUACAGACGUACGAAUCAAUAAUGCCACGGCUGUUCUCCGUGGCUUGAUAUAUUCGCUUGUCGAGAAGCAGCUAUCUCUUCUCUCCCAUGUACAAAGACAGUAUGAUAAAGCGGGAAAAGCAUUGUUCGAGGACAUAAACGCAUGGAAUGCCCUCUCGAGGAUCUUCACGGAUAUCCUGAAAGACUCGGCCCUACAAAGCACCUAUUUGAUUAUCGAUGCGCUAGAUGAGUGCACAUCAGGGCUACCUUCACUUCUCGACUUGAUUACUCGGAUACCGUCUGCUUACCCACAGAUAAAGUGGAUUGUCUCAAGCCGCAACUGGCCUGAUAUCGAAGAGCGUCUUGACACUACCCAGACCGCUCCAAUAUCAUUAGAGCUAAAUGAGGCGUCUAUAUCUGAAGCUGUGUGCAAAUUCAUUGAACACAAGGUUCACUAUCUAGCGAAAGUUAAGAAGUAUAGCGAUGAAACUCGUGAUACGAUCUGCCGUCACUUGUUAUCCAACUCGCAAGGCACAUUCCUUUGGGUAGCCUUGGUCUGUCAAGAUCUUGAUAGAACAUCGCGGAGGCACGCUCUUAAGAAGCUGGAGGCGUUUCCUCCUGGACUGGAUGCCUUGUACAAUCGGAUGAUCGAUCAGGUUCGUAACUCGGAAGAUGCCGAGCCCUGCAAGCGAAUACUGGCUGCCAUGUCCAUAGUGUAUCGGCCUAUCGCGUUUGACGAACUGGCCUCUCUUGUUGAACUACCUGAUGAUCUCUCUGGUGACUCUGAAGCCCUACCAGAGAUUAUCGCGAUUUGUGGCUCGUUUCUAACUGUGCGCGAAGACACUAUCAUUUUCGUCCAUCAGUCUGCAAAGGAAUUUCUGCUUAGAGAAACGCAAAAUGAGGUUUUUACUGGAGGUAUAGAAACUGAGCACCACAAAAUUUUCUCUCGCUCUCUACUAGCCAUGUUCAAGACACUUCGACGCGAUAUCUUUCAACUUAAGUUUCCUGGAUUCCCGAUUGAGAAAGUUAUACCACCCAGUCCGAACCCAUUAACAGCUGCAAAAUAUGCGUGUGUCUAUUGGGUUGACCAUCUUCAUCAUAGCGGAUGCCAUGAAAAAGAUGAUCUUACCGUUGGUGAUAGAAAACGUAUAGGUGAUUUUCUAGAAAAGAAAUACCUUCACUGGCUUGAAGCCCUGAGCAUUCUAGGAAGCGUAUCGCAAGGCAUAGCAGCUAUGCUAAAGCUCGAUGACUUACUUCAGGGAAAAAGCGAACCACCUGCCCUUUUAUAUCGGGUUCAAGACGCCUCUCGGUUCAUUCGAUACCACAGGCUAGCAAUUGAAAGUAGCCCCCUUCAAGUAUACAGUUCACCUCUGAUCUUUAGCCCCAUGUUGAGCCUCACGAGAAGAUGUUAUCAAAAGGAGAGACCCGAUUGGGUUUUGAAUGAGCCACUGGUGGACAAAGAUUGGAGUCCAUGUCUUCAAACCCUCGAGGGGCAUAGCAGUUCGGUCAACUCGAUUGCCUGGUCGCAGGAUAGAAGCCGACUCGCAUCAGGGUCAAAGGAUAACACCGUCAGGAUCUGGGAUCCAGCCACCGGCCAGUGCGUAUCAACCCUUGAGGGGCAUAGCGGUUCAGUCAACUCGAUUGCCUGGUCGCAAGAUGAAAGCCGACUCGCAUCAGCGUCGGAUGAUAAGACCGUCAGGAUCUGGGAUCCGGCUACCGGGCAGUGCGCGUCAACCCUCGAGGGGCAUAGCCAUUGGGUCAAUUCGAUUGCCUGGUCGCAAGAUGGAAGCCGACUUGCAUCAGCGUCCUUUACUAACGCCGUCAGGAUCUGGGAUCCGGCCACCGGCCAGUGCGCGUCAACCCUCGAGGGGUAUAGCCAUUUAGUCAACUCGAUUGCCUGGUCGCAAGAUAGAAUCCGACUCGCAUCAGCGUCCUUUAAUAACGCCGUCAGGAUCUGGGAUCCGGCCACUGGCCAGUGCGUAUCAACCCUCGAGGGGCAUAGUGAUUGGGUCAACUUUAUUGCCUGGUCGCAAGAUGGAAGCCGACUCGCAUCAGCGUCCUCUGAUAACACCGUCCGGAUCUGGGAUCCGGUCACUGGUCAGUGCGUAUCAACCCUCGAGGGACAUAGCCAUUGGGUCAACUCGAUUGCCUGGUCGCAAGAUGGAAGCCGACUCGCGUCAGCAUCGGGUGAUAACACCGUCAGGAUCUGGGAUCCGGCCACCGCGCAGUGCGCGUCAUCCCUCGUGGGGCAUAGCCGUGGGGUCAAGUCGAUUGCCUGGUCGCAAGAUGGAAUCCGACUCGCAUCAGGGUCCGUUGAUAACACCGUUAGGAUCUGGGAUCCGACUACCGGGCAGUACGCGUCAACCCUCGAGGGGCAUAGCAGUUGGGUCAACUUGAUUGCCUGGUCACAAGAUGGAAUCCGACUUGCAUCAGCGUCCUUUGAUAACACCGUCAGGAUCUGGGAUCCGGCCACCGGGCAGUGCGCGUCAACCCUCGAGGGGCAUAGCGAGUCGGUCAACUUUAUUGCCUGGUCGCAAGAUGGAAUCCGACUCGCAUCAGGGUCCGCUGAUAACACCGUUAGGAUCUGGGAUCCGGCCACCGGGCAGUGCGCGUCAACCCUCGAGGGGCAUAGCGAGUCGGUCAACUUUAUUGCCUGGUCGCAAGAUGGAAUCCGACUCGCAUCAGGGUCCGCUGAUAACACCGUUAGGAUCUGGGAUCCGGCCACCGGGCAGUGCGCGUCAACCCUCGAGGGGCAUAGCGAGUCGGUCAACUUUAUUGCCUGGUCGCAAGAUGGAAUCCGACUCGUAACAGGGUCAACGGAUAACACCGUUAGGAUCUGGGAUCCGGUCACCGGGCAGUGCGCGUCAACCCUCGAGGGGCAUAGCGAUCGGGUCAACUCGAUUGCCUGGUCGCAAGAUGAAAGCCGACUCGCAUCAGCGUCGGAUGAUAAGACCGUCAGGAUCUGGGAUCCGGCUACCGGGCAGUGCGCGUCAACCCUCGAGGGGCAUAGCCAUCGGGUCAACUCGAUUGCCUGGUCGCAAGAUGGAAUCCGACUCGCGUCAGCGUCGGAUGAUAACACCGUCAGGAUCUGGGAUCCGGCCACCGGCCAGUGCGAAACAACACUGCAUAUCAGCUCCUCCGCCUUCCUUCAAUUUGAUAAAGUCAAUUUCAAUCAUCUACACUCGUCAAUUGGUACAUUUGAUAUAGGAUUCACUGGUAUUGUCACGUCCACUCCUCGCUGUUCGACCUUCCCGCAACACGGGUAUGGUUUGAAUGAAGACCGUUCCUGGAUAACCUAUAAUGGCGUCAACCUCCUUUGGUUGCCUUCCGAUUACCGACCAACUCAUUCCUCUCUUUUUACUAUGUCUGCAACAAAUUUGGCGAUCGGUUGUUCGUCUGGUGUUGUCAUAUUUCUCGCGCUUACGCAACAGAGUCCCAUCCCUCGCCUUUGA